AUGGAUGCGCCCAUAGUCAAAAUAAAUUCGUUUGGUCUUCAGAAUAUUAUCAAUUUCAUUUACAUACAUGAACGAAUUCUUAAAGAAUUUGGCGCAAUUAAGAUUCAACUAAGUUCUGAUUGUACAUUAGCUUUGAAGAAACGUAAAAUUUCACCAACGUCUACGACUACUCAAAAAAUUACGAAAUUAAAUGCCGAUGGAUCAAUUUACUCAGUUGAUAAAAUGGACGCUCAAAAUUUAUACAAUGAACAACGGUCACCCAUAACAGAUGAAAAGACUUUUUGGUCUUCCCUUUCCAACUCAGAUCAUAUAUUCUAUCCAUCAAAUGUUUCUAUUUUACCAAAUCAGACAUUAUUCUACAAAAAACGGCAUCGGAAAUAUUUCGCAAUUCAUUCUAUACCGAGACAAUCACUACUAAAAUUAGCCGGUAGCAAAAUAGUCAAUCAAUUUGUUCCAUGUUUAACAAGAACACAUGGACCAGGUGCUGUUUUUCCUUUAUCCAGCGCUCAACAACAUCUCUCCUUAUUAGUGUAUCAUCAUCAGGGUAGCCCUCGUCAUUGGUAUAUUAUUCCUGCAUAUGAACGAGAUGCUCUAACAAAAAUACUUCAAAGAGAAAAUUCUUCAAUUUGUUUUGAACAUCAAAAAUUGUUGAUUAAUCCUCUUUUAUUUGAUAAAUACCAUAUUCGAUAUCAUAGACUUGUUCAGUAUCAAAAUGAAUUUGUUGUUUUAUCAGCUGGUGCUUUAACACAAAGUUUUACAGAAGAUGCAAGUUGGAAUGAAUCGAUUCCUUUCGCUUUACCCAGUUGGAUUGAUGAUGGUCAUGCUCAUUACUCUGAUUCAACAUGUCAGUGCUGUAUUAACAGUUUUUAUGAACCAAUAACAAUUGAUGUUACUUUAUUUAAGCAUGAACUUAUACAGGAAUAUAUUGAAACAUAUCUUAAUAUUGACAAUGAUGGAAGUACUUCAAUUAAUAAAGGUUAG